AUGUCAAGUUUAAAAGUUUUAUUCUUGGGAAACCAUCCAAACGUAAUUUUUUAUACUUCACGAUUGCAGUUAGCUAAAAAUGUCGAACUAUAUAACGUUUAUGAUUCUGAUAUAACAGAUUUUCAGUUGGAGACUCAAAAAUAUGGGAAAUUAAACUUACAGAUAAAAAAUCAUUUCAAAACAGUUUCUGAUUUAUUAAUAAAAUAUAAUAACCAAAAUUUGAUAUUCGAUAUUGUAAUAUUAAGUCCUUGCUGGGUUUAUGACUUUCAAAAAAAUAGCAAUCAAUUACAGCAUUUAGUUAAUACUAAUACAAAAAUUAUUAUAGAAAGUACAGGUUACGUAUCAUUAGAAUCUACUAUCAAGCCAUACCUAGAUCCAUCUACAACUGUUUUCAGCAUUAUCUCUUCAUAUGACAUCAGAUACAAUAAAAGUAACAACUCAUUCAAAGAAUACUCUUUGAAAAAUAAAGAUGCAAAUAAUAUAUAUCUAGGAACAAUUGGAAUCACUUCAGAAGGUUCCCUUCUGACCUCGUAUCAUGAAAGAUCUGAAACUUUAUUAUUGUCAUUACAGAGAUUAUUUAAAAAAUUAUUAGCAAAGGAUACAAUAGAAUUGUGUUCUUUGUCACCUUCAGAAUAUCUAUCGAAGAAAUGGUUCUAUGCAUUGCAAAGGAUAUGUUUCGAUUCUGCAAUGAUAUUUUUUAAUAUUUCAGAUCCAUAUAAAUUGCAACCAUUACUAAAUGAAAAUAAAUCAAUUAAUGGCAUAUAUGAUGAACUGAUAUCGUUAGUGGGAAAAAUGGGAUUAAAAGAAAAAUUCAGUAGAGAUGUAAUGCAUAAUUUAUGGAAAUCAAAUUUUAUUAACAAGAUAAAUAAUCUUACAGCCCCACUUGUACAUAAUUUUAUGUCACAGAUAUAUUUAUCGGAUAUCGAACUGACACUUUCACAGCCUAGAGCAUUAGCGAAAUUAUUUUCAGUGGAAUGUCCACGAUUAGAGUUUCUACACUUUACUAUUUCACAGAUGAUUAAAAUGAAUCAAGGUGAGUCCACAUUAUUUGAAAGAUCCAAUAUAAAUAAUGAGGGCAACAUCCAGCUAUUAAAGACUCACGCUAGAUUGAAAAAAGAAUUCGAUGAAUUGCAAGCUUCAUUAGACGAAAAGAAUUUUAGUAUAAUUCAAAUCAAGAAUGAUUCCAAAAAAGUAACCCAAUAUACUUUUACCUUAAAUAAAGAGGCCAAUAUAUUACAAAAUCAGCUCGAUGAGCUAAGUGCCAGACAACUAGAGACUUCAAAUAAUAAAGUUAAAAACCUAAGGUUUUCAGAAACUCCAGAUAUAUAUAAUGAAAUCAAUGAUAACAAUCGUAUUACAAAAAUCCCAAGCGGGAGAGGUACUCCUAGUACUAGUAUUAUGAAAAAUGGUUACAAUCCAAAUGAUGGUAACAGUAAUUUAAUGAGACAACAAAAGCAACAAGAUAUUGAAUUUCAGAGGAGGUCUAAAAUGGGUAAAUCUAAACAGUUUGAAUUUCAACAGCAGCAACAGCAACAACAACAGCAACAAAGAUCUAAUUAUCCACAAUACCAUGCACCAUCUCCUAGUAUGAGUGAACAAUACUUCACUCAACAACCUGAUUCUAACAACCACUAUUAUGAUAGAAGAGGCAGUUUGGCUGAUAGUGUACAGACUGGUAACAAUAAUUAUCAAAACAAUGGACAUAGACUUAUCAGGCCAACUAGUCGAAAGAAUAGAACUAGUGAUUUCGCAGAUAUAAGAAGAACCAGCAGCAUUGAAGCUGAAACGUUUAGAAACAGCUUAACGAUGUCCAUGUCUAUUGAUUCUGGAUUAAACAAUUCGUACCUACAACGACCACAUUCCAGAACACCAUCUAAUUAUAGUGAAAUACCAGAGAAUAUCUCUAGAACUUCAUCAAUCAUCGAUGGAUCUGGUAUGUCAGGAAGAUAUCCUCCCGUUAUGGAGUCCAGUCGCACCCCUACGAAUCCAAUGAAACGGUUUUCCACAAACGACAUCCCUCAAAACCAUCAUCUACAGCAACAGCAACAGCAGCAGCAGCAGAAGCCAAUAACAAAUGAAAAUCUAACGCUAUUCAAUACAUUGAGCAAUGCUAAAAUGAAUGGCAACAGUAGAAUUCAACAACAAAAUAAAAACAGACACACAAUUCAACUUUCAACAAAUCAAACCUAUCUAACACCAUUAGAUACACAAAAAAGAGGUACCAUAUUGUCUGAAACAAGCAUUGAAAGUGCAAACAUCUCAACAUUUGAUCCAAAACCAAUAUCUCCAGCUACAAGCAGUGCAACUGAUGAAUUGUCACCAGAAUUAACAUCUAAUUCAAAAACUAAAAAGAGCCAAUUUUCCUCUUUCUUCUCCAGGAAGUCCAAAAAAAAACAAUAA